AUGGAUUUGAUCAAAUUUGCAGUUUUGAUGACACUUUGGUUGGAGUUUACUGACAGCAGUAGCAUACUCCUUGCACCACUUGAUAUAGGUUAUAAUAGUCGAGUGAGAAAUGUUUUGAGAAUUGGGCGAAUGUUACUACAAGCUGGCCAUGAAGUGACUGUAAUCGUGUCAGAUAGGAUAGAGAAUGAAUCUCUAUUUAAACAUGCAGAGGGCUUUAACUUGGACUUGACAUUUAGGGUUUUAAAGUACAAGACCCCCACAUUCGAUCUGGAUACAGCCUACUCCACAGCAAAUCAGGAAUGGCUCAAUAGUAUGGUAUAUCAACCCUAUACAACCCUUCUUCAAAUCGUAGGACAAGCAUAUGAAGAAAACUUAAAAUUCGCAUUGGGAGACAAGGAAAUGUGGAAUGAAAUAGCGUCAUCAAAAUUUGAUCUAAUUUUUGCAGAUGACUCUGUAUUUUUUCCGAGACUAGUUUCUGCAUAUUUUGACAUUCCAAUGAUAGUCUACUCUAACUGGGGUCCUAUGUCAACUGAUACUAACUUCGUUCCACGAUAUAAUUUGGCGUAUGUUCCUGCUUUUUUCCCUACUUAUAGUGAUGAAAUGACAUUUUUAGAACGGUUUAUGAACGUUUUGGAGUAUUCGCUUAUAAAGUGGACAUGGUACAAUAUGUACAAUAGAUUCAUCUCUAUCUGCAGGGAACACGGCUACGGUGACGCAUGUGACAAUAUAAGAGAUGCAUACAAGACUAUAUCACUAUUCAUGAUAAACAGAAAUGACGCUAUCCAUUACCCCGCCCCAUAUAUGCCCCAUAUCAUAUCUGUUGAAGGAUUUUUCUUAAAGUCUGAAACAGAACCUUUAGAAACAGAGUACAGCAAUAUCAUCAAGAACGCAGGAGAACAAGGAAUAAUUGUUGCCAGUUUAGGAUCUAUGCAUCGGAGAUUAAGUUAUAAGACGAGAGAAAAGUUCGCAACUGCCUUCGCUGCAAUGCCUCAGACUGUUAUAUGGAGCUAUGAGGGUCCCCUACCAAAAGGACUUGGCAAUAACACCAUCGUGAAAAAAUGGAUCCCUCAAGAGAGUCUUUUGGCACAUUCCUCUACAAAGUUAUUUGUGACACACUGUGGAGCGUCUGCGUUAUUCCAAGCAUUGCAUUAUGCUACACCAACUGUUGGAUUGCCAUUCUUUUGGGACCAGCCUUAUAACUGCCACAAACUAACUCACAAAGUAAAGUCUGGGAAAACAGUUUUACCCAUAGAAAUGAUGAGUGAAGAACUGAAGAACGCUAUGCAAGAGGUGAUCAGUGAUAAACGCUAUAAAGAUAAUGCGAAUAAAGCUGCUGAUAUCUACCAUAGCCAACCUAUUGAUCCAAAGAAAAAGCUUAUGUAUUGGAUAGAGUACGUCAUCAGACAUAAAGGGGCUCAUCAUUUAAGGUCUCAUGCAGAAAACGAGCUAAAACUUUUCCAAUACUAUCUACUUGAUAUAAUUGCAUUGGUUAUGUGCUCUUUGGUUGUAUUUGGUGGUAUAAUCGCCAUUAUUAUCACAUAUUUAAUUAAAUGCAUCUUAUUUGAUCACAAAAUGAAAAAGGACUAG